UCACCAUCUCCUUCGUCGCCCUCUGCCAUCCCCUCACCAUCUCCUUCGUCGCCCUCCGCCAUCCCCUCACCAUCUCCGUCGUCGCCCUCCGCCAUCCCCUCACCAUCUCCUUCGUCGCCCUCCACCCCCUCACCAUCUCCUUCGUCGCCCUCCGCCCCCUCACCAUCUCCUUCGUUGCCCUCCGCCCCCUCACCAUUUCCUUCGUCACCCUCCGCCAUCCCCUCACCAUCUCCUUCGUCGCCCUCCGCCAUCCCCUCACCAUCUCCUUCGUCACCCUCCGCCAUCCCCUCACCAUCUCCUUCAUCGCCCUCCGCCCCCCUCACCAUCUCCUUCGUUGCCCUCCGCCCCCCACCAUCUCCUUCGUCACCCUCCGCCAUCCCCUCACCAUCUCCUUCGUCGCCCUCCGCCAUCCCCUCACCAUCUCCUUCGUCGCCCUCCGCCCCCUCACCAUCUCCUUUG